UGAUAUCGCCGACCCGUUGCCAGGUACAACUGGACCCGGCAGGUAGGCCGGUACCCGUGUUAAGCGAUGCGAGGAUGGAAGGCCAGCCUUACCGUGGAACUGCCCUACUGACGGCGCGCUCCUGUAGAUACACUCGUCAGUGAUGAUACUGACAACACUGCGUACACACGUGCUCCUCCGCGCUACCUGUCACACAUGACGUAACGACUAUUUACCUGCCACUUUCGCUUUGGCUUUCAGGGAUUUAAAAUUAUUUCCAAAAUGGAGAAACACAGGACGGAUGGAGUUAAAAAGAAAUCAAAGUGCUCGCGGUACAAUGCUUUUGUUAUAGGCCUAUCGUGUUUUAUGGCAGCCGUGUUGGGCUCCUUGAUAUGGAGUCUGUGUUCUUAUCAUCAAACUCUCGUCCUUCUUCAAACUCGGGUUAUUAAGCUCGAAGAGGAUCACAUUAAUUACGAGAGAAAUAUUGAAAAUAUUGUGAAAGAAAGAGUGGAAAUAGAAAUUAAAAAGCAUUUUGACAGUUUAUCAGAGAAGCACAAGCGAGUGGCCCGUCAGACAGCCACAUGUCCCUGUACCCAAGGACAAAAGGGAGAAAAGGGAGAUACAGGAUUAAGGGGUUAUCCUGGUGUCAAGGGUAUCAAGGGAUAUAAAGGCAGCAGAGGACCUAUGGGUUUCCGUGGUUACGCAGGAUUCCCGGGACCAAUUAGCAAGGGAAAUCAAGGCUCUCAAGGUUUACCUGGAGCUAAAGGAGAUAAGGGAGGACCAGGCCCCAAGGGAGAGAAAGGAAAUGAAGGACUGCCUGGAUUUGAUGGUGCUCCUGGACCAAAGGGUAUCAAGCGAUCUGUGCGAUUCCACGAGGGCCUAAAUACGGGAUACAAAGAUAUCAUACCUCUCAAGGGAGGAGAGUACGAAGUGAUUACAAUUAAGGGGGAGCCUGGUUUACCAGGCGAGCCUGGAAUUGCAGGGCCAGCAGGACCUCCAGGUCCCAAAGGAGCCCAGGGUCUGCCUGGCUAUGAUGGUAUGAAAGGUACCAAAGGAGAAGAUGGUGCACAGGGACCACCAGGACCAAGAGGACCUUCUGGCAGAGAUGGACGUCCUGGAGCCCCAGGUGAAAUGGGUCUUCCAGGAUCGGCUGGACACAAAGGCGACACUGGCGAGCGUGGACGACGCGGCAGAAAGGGGAAGAAGGGGAAGAAGGGCAGAACAGGUCGUUCUGGGCCUAAAGGGGCUUCUGGCAAGCCUGGACCCUCAGGGGAAGCAGGUUCCAAAGGAGAAAAGGGGGAAAUCGGGAAAAAAGGGUUUCAGGGUGAACGGGGCACUCCAGGCAUACCAGGGAAGGAUGGCAAGCCCGGGCCUAGAGGCGUUCCUGGUAUGAAGGGUGAGAUGGGUGAAGAAGGAGCCCAGGGCCUGAUUGGCCGUGAUGGACUGAUUGGACCUCCAGGAUUACCAGGGCCCCCCGGAGAGCCAGGAAUUAUAGAGGGAAAAGGAAUGGAAGGCACCAUUAUUCAAAGGGUUCUACCAGGACCUCCAGGCCCACCUGGCCCACAGGGACCCAUGGGACUAGAUGGUGCUCCUGGUAUCAAGGGAGAGCGGGGACCAGUUGGACCAAAAGGAGGGGCAGGCGAUAAAGGCGAUCGAGGACAGAUUGGACCAAUGGGAUUGCCUGGAGAGGCUGGACCACAAGGGGACAAAGGAUCUCAAGGGAAUGAAGGCAGUAUGGGGCCGAUGGGCCCACCUGGACCAUCUGGUGCAAUCUUAACACCUGGAGGAGCAGAGGCCUGUACUUGUAAAGGAGAGAAAGGAGACCGGGGAAUACGAGGAAAGCGAGGCAGAAGGGGAUUGAAGGGUGAAAUGGGCGAGGCAGGCAGUCCAGGAUUGGAUGCUCCCUGUCCUGUAGGGGAGAAUGGACUUCCCCUCGCGGGGUGUGGAUGGAAUAAGCCACCCUUCAAGGGUCAAAAUGGAUGUUCUGUUGACCAAAAUGGUGAUACUGUAGCAGGAUGUCCAUACAAUUAGCAUGUUUUAAAGAAGGCAGUUACAGUGAGUAACCACCAAGCAAACAGAUGAGACAACACAGAACUGCCUGUUAUAAAUAUACUGGGUAGUGUAACCAGAACAACUAGGAAUACAUACCACCUACUCGCAGAAAAAACAGGAUUAAACCUGCCAACAAGAUCAGACAUUUCCUAGUGAUGUAUAGUGUACACCAAACUGUUAAAUGAUUUUCCUUCAGUUUCUCUACCUUAAUGUAUUUUGCACUGGUGAAAUUUGACAUUGAAUGUGACAAUGAUGAACUUAUGUCAUAUAAUAAAACCCAGAGCUAAGGUAUUCAAUGCUUUAGAUAUGUACAUUUCAUCUUUCUUUGUAGUAGAAAAUAGCCUGUGUUCCGCAGAAUAUUUUGACCAUAUUUUCUUUUCUUUCUUUUUUUUGUUUUGAAUUUUGAAUUUUAAGUUCAGUAACCCAACGCCAUCAACUGUUUAAGGAGAUGAAUUUUUAUACUGGGAGAGUAGAAAGAAAAUUUUCUUUAGUUUUAUAAUGAUCAAGGUUAAGAAGUAUAUAUAUAUAUAUAAAUACAUAAUAGCAAAAUGUUGAAACACACGUUUAGUUAGACAAUAGAUGUUAAUUACAGGUGAUAUUACGAUAGUGAUCUGCCAGGUCUCCAGCUUGUACAGUUGUUUCACAAACUUUUAUCUUGUAACUAAGAAACAGGUGCCCCUAGCAGGAUACACCUGAUUUGGAACCCUAGGGUGGGCUCUGAUAUUUGAUAAGGUUUUAUCUGUUUUUUAUUAUAUACUCCUUCUUAAAUGGUAUUUACACAGAAGAUAGUUAUUGUAGAGAGUAGAUGGUUUCAAGAAACUUUAAGCAAAGGUUUAUCAUCUUACCUAAUCCAAUUUAUACCAAUACUUUAAAUUUGUUCUUGAAAUUAGUUAAAAAUGAGUCUGUUAAUUAUUUCUUUUCUGAUUGUUUGGUAAAAUUUUGUCAGAACGAAGGCAAUCUGUUCACCUUGUAUUCCAUUGCAAUAGAAGUGAUAAAUAAUACAGUUUUAGUUGUAGUCGGCUGUUCCUGUUAACAACACCCCAGUAAUGUCUGUUGAUGGCAUGGGAUAAAAGAGUAGAAUCUUUCAUAAUUUCAGGCAAAAUUUUCUAUCUUCUCAUUAAAUAAAUAGUAAUGUGAUUCUUACAACAAAGAGGAAACAAUAACAGUUAAAGUAAGAUACAUUCAGAAUAAAAACAUUGGAUUUUGUGAAUCAUUUACACAAGAUAUAGAUUGUGUACAAUAAUGAUGACUCGAGUUUUUACCUCCUGUAUAUAGGAUAACUGUUGUUGCUUCGUUGUUAUAUAUUUGCAAAUUCAUAUGUAAAUUUUGACAUCAAUGUUAAAUUUUGUACAGAAGAUGUAAUAAUAUCCAGUUUUAACAUUAAUCAUUAUAUGUCAUUAUUGUUAUCUUUAGUUCAAUGUCAUUAGAAAUUACACUUCAUAUAUAAUAUGUUGCGACCUUCAAAUUACAGGUAACUUCUGAAAACCUGAAGAAAACAUGUAAUAUCUGAUUAUUAAUCUGAAGGAGAAAUUCAAAAUUACUCAUGGGAUAAAAGUUUUGAGAGCAAAUUUCUUCAUUUUGUUCAAAAUAUAUUCUUUUGGUCUUUGUUCUCUUGAUUAAUUCUAAAAAUAGGAUAUUAAAGAAAUCCGCAGAUCAUUUAUUUCAUUUAUCUAUUUUUUGUUCUUACUUUAAUCACACACUUAAUCAGAUCAGUGUUAACUUCAUUUAUUGUUGCAUUCAUAUGUGAUCAUUUUAAUGUAUAACAAAGACAUGUAUUGUCUUUACAUAUAUGGCAUUGAUAUACUGAUUUAAUCAUGGGAUCUUGGUUUUGUGAAUACCAGGUUUCUUCACCUAUAGAAAAAAGAAACACCAUAAUGUUUUGACCUGUGAGAUAUACAUGAGAGUUUCUUGUGAGUUUGUUAUGAGAUAUUAUCUUAUGACUGAUUAAUCUUCAGAGAGUGAACAUCAUACACAUGUCCUCAAAUGAUGUUCCAAAAUGUCAAUGAAAACUAAAACCCAUGAAAGCUUCCAGCUUUUUUUUCAUGCAAUGUAAUGAAAAGAUCACAUGAUUUUUUUUUUAAAAAGGGAGUUUUCAUUUUAUAUGCUGUUAUGGAACUGAAGUUUUCACAGAAUUCCUGCAUCCUGGAACCACUUUAGAGAUUCUGUUUAUCUUUGUGAUACAUGAUUAGCAUAUAUUUGUACAAAGACUUGGUAUAUCACACAAAAGUAAUAUAACCGAGAGCAAACAGCUUCAAAUCGGUGAAAUUUUUGUGAUGUUGAUGUUUUCACUGAUGAAUUCCAUAUAUAUCAUUGUUUAUUAGUAUUUCACAUAUGUGUGAGAGAUGGGCAAUUGUUUAGUUUAAUAAGCAGAUUUUAGUACAUUAUCUAUUCUGUAUCACUCAUAAUCAGAAACAGUAAUAGGGCUAACAGUUUAAGGGUCUUUUGGUGACGUCAGUAUGGUGUCAGGGAGAGCAUUUUAACAGCUAAUCUAAGGACAGAGGUAUUGUUGUUAAAGAGAGGGUCAAAGGUUCACUAUUUAGCUCCAGGCUCUUUGACCUGGAGUAUUGGUAUUGAAGAGAGGGUUCAACAUUAAGGUCAUAACCCCAACUGAAGGUUAGAAGUAGUGAAGUGAAGGUCAUAUGUUGACUAUUUAACCCCUGACACCAGGAUAUGAGGUAUUGAUAUUGAGGAGAGGGUCAAGGAUUCAUCAUCUAAACCAUGACCCUCGACACCAAAGGUAUUACUAUAUAUGGUGAAGUGAGGGUCAAAGGUUAAGCAUUGAACCUGUGACCCUUGGUUCCAGGUUGUUAUUAGUUUGGUGAGUUUCAAGUGUUGAAUAUCUAGCCCCAAACCCCAAAGUCUAAGUGUCAGUAGUGAAAUGAGGGUCAAAGGUCACACAUUUUACCCCUGAUUUGUGGUCUGUAUAGCUAGUUUCAAGGGUUCAACGUGUAAUUUCUGACCUCCUGUAUCUGUCAUAUUGGUGUUUAGUGAGGGACAAGGGUUCAACAUGUGACCAUUGGCCUAAGUUUGAGAUAUCAGUAGUUAAAUAAGGGUAAAGGGUUAAACAUUUAACUCCAACCCCUUGGGUCUGAGAUAUUGAUAAUGAAGUAAUGAUCAAGGAUUCAACAUAUAAUACUCGACCCUCAAGUCUCAGGUGGCCAUAAUGAGAUGAAAGUCAGUGGUCCUAAAUUUAACCCCUGACCUCGCAGUGAGGUUAAAUAUUCAACAUUUAACUCUGACACCAGGAGGAAAUGCUAGUUUGAUGAGGGUGAUGGAUUUAACUGUUGUAGCUGAUACUACUCAUGUUGUGUAGCACUGUAAUGAUCAUACAAAAAUAA